ACGUGACUCACAAGAUGGCUGCGCCCUGUUAAACUUGGCGGUUCAGAGUCAAAAUAAAAUGAUCACAAAAUAUGAACGACAAGGAAUAUGCACCACUUAGUCCCCAGUGUGUUAGGAAUUUAAACGAUAAGUUGUAUGAAAAAAGGAAGACCGGGGCUUUGGAAGUCGAGAGAUUAGUCAGAGAGUAUGUGAUAGCAAAUGAACCUGUGAAGAUCAGGAGGAUCCUGAAGAUCCUGGGAGAAGAUUUUGCGUUGUCCAACCAUCCCAAUGCCAGGAAAGGGGGAGCUAUCGGGCUGGCAGCCACAGCUAUUGGACUGGGAAAGGAAUCUCAGCAUUAUGUGAGGGAGCUGGUCCAGCCUGUACUGGCUUCCUUCCACGAUCCAGACAGUCGAGUUCGGUAUUAUGCUUGUGAAGCCCUGUAUAACAUUGUCAAGGUGUGCCGAGGCAACGUGCUGCCCUACUUCAAUGAGAUCUUUGAUGGAAUCAGUAAGCUGAUGUCAGACACUGACCAGAAUGUGAAGAAUGGGACAGAACUACUGGACAGAUUGAUCAAAGACAUUGUCACAGAAAGUCCGUCCUUUGACCUUAUGGCCUUCAUGCCCCUUCUCCGAGAUAGAAUUUACGCAAAAAAUCCAGAGGCGCGACAGUUCAUUGUCUCCUGGUUAGCAAUAUUGGAUGCUGUACCAGAUAUAAACAUGAUAGUGCUACUCCCAGAAUUCCUGGAUGGUUUAUUCAAUAUAUUGGGGGAUUCAAAUCUAGAGAUUCGUAAAAUGUGUCAAGAUCUAUUAACUGAAUUUUUGACUGGAGUAAAAAACAGUAAUGCUGGGGUUAAAUAUGAAGGCAUGGCUAAUAUUCUUAUUAUUCACUGUAACAGUGCAGAUGAUCUCAUUCAGUUUACAGCAAUGACCUGGUUAAGAGAGUUCAUAGGUCAAGCAGGUCGAACCAUGAUUCAGUAUACACCAGGAAUAAUUAACGCUGUUCUACCAAACCUACAGGGUUCUUCAGAUAAACAAAGAAAUGUUGCUGAGGCAGCCAAGUCACUGAAUGAUGCAUUGAAAGAUCUUGUAUCUGACACCGAUGACAUUCCUUCAUUAGAAGAGGUCAAAGGUCAAGGGUCAGAAAAACUAAGUGAGGAGAUGACAAACAACCUUUCAAGUUCCUCACAGCUGGAUGUAAGGGAGGUAAUAACUGUCAUCUGUCAGAUUCUAGGGAGGGGGAACUUUGGGACUAAGAUAGCAGCCCUGGAGUGGCUGAGUCACAUGCUGACUAAGGUUCCUAAGCGGACGUUUCAGUACGUGGACAGGUUCUUCCCUGUGCUGUUACAGACACUGUCUGAUGAAUCCGAAGAGGUUGUACUUUUGGACCUUGAAGCCUUGGCGGAGAUUUCCUCCAAUCCUGCUGGGCUUCAGAAGAAGCCCCCUCCAUCAACAAGUCCCAGUAAAUCUAAGCCCCAUGAUCACCCGGAGAACUGUGGCGGACUUAAUGAGUACUUCUCCAAGUUCAUGGCUUGUCUGGUGGAGCUGUUUAAGAAGGACAGACAGCUUUUGGAACCAGAUGAGCGGGGAUACUUUAUCAUUAGACAGUUGUGCCAGCUCUUGACAGCAGAGGACAUUUUUAAAUCAUUUUCCCACAUUAUAGUGGAUGAACCUGAUGUAGGGUUUGCCUGUAAAAUUGUUCAGACCCUGAACACCAUUCUUUUAACAUCCACCGAGCUCUUCGAACUGAGGACACAACUCAAAAAUCUAGAUACUCAGGGAAGCUGUGCUUUGUUUUGUUGUUUGUAUAAAUCUUGGUGUCAUAGUCCCAUAGCAACCAUAUCUUUGUGUUACCUGACCCAGAACUAUCACCAUGCCAGCGACCUACUACAGGCCUUUGGUGAUCUAGAAAUCACUGUGGACUUCCUGAAGGAAAUAGACAAACUUGUUCAACUAAUUGAAUCUCCUAUAUUUUCUUAUUUACGGCUUCAGUUGCUGGACGUUCAACAUAACCAGGACUUGAUCCGGAGUCUGUACAGUUUACUGAUGCUGCUUCCACAGUCCGAGGCCUUCAAACUUCUACGUAAUAGACUAGACUGUAUCCCCCAGUAUCAACUCAUGGCUAUAAAGGAUAAGCCCCAGUCCUCUAAAGACCCGAGACCACUUGUGUCUAAAAUCAACUUCAAAGACCUGCAUCAGCACUUUCUACAAGUUCAAGCUAGGCACAGAGCAGCACGCAGCCAGAAAGUCAAGGCAGCGGUCAGGGCAUGAGGAGAAGGGCAUUAAACGCACAAAAUCUAUACUACAAAGCACCUGGAAAACCACUACAAAACACUGAAAACUGCUCUCAGACUCCGAGACAUUGUAGUUAUACUGAAAAGAAAUUCACUGUCUUUGCAUGGAAAUUUGCCUUUUAAAGCAAAAAUUCUGUUGUUUGAUAUAUUUACAAGUACAUUUUUGUACAUAACUAGUACAGGUACUAGUUUCUAUUGUAAGUGUAUGAAGAAAGAAUUAUUAUCAUGGGUAUUAAUACAUCUAGUUAUGAUAAUUUUAUUAACAAUUUCCAGGUAAAUAAGAUUUACAAUUCCAUAAUAAAUGGGAUAUUUAGAUUCUAAACAUUGUUCUUAAUUUUGUACAUCCUUGUUUUAAGCCUUUAUACUAAAAACAUACUUUUUUCCACUGGGGGAUAAUUCUGCAGAUUCACAAUUUCUGUUUAAUCUGGGGGAAGAAGUUUGUGACUGUGUAUAUGUGUAAAUUAAUCCCACGUGGAAAAACGUGCAUGUACAGUAUUGAAAUGCUAUAACCCAUCAAAUUUUUUAUUGGAUUUUUUAAAAGUGAUAUCCAUACCAAUGGUGAAAAUUACUGUAAUGUAAUCUGUAGAGGUUUUUGCUUGUGACUUAUAAGUAUAAUAUUUUGUAGAGCAGAAAAGUCCCUGUAGAUACAAGUGUACCAGUGAAGAGGAAAAAAUGUGUGUAAUGCGCGAGACUUGGAAUGAAUGUGUUUGUAUUGAGAGAUGAUCCUGUGCAAUAUCUCUGUUAUGUGUAUUAAGCUCAGUUUUAAGAGCAAGCAGAAAGAUAAAGGGGUGAGGCCAUUGUUAGAAAUGAUAUAAAGGCCAGCAAUAAUAAAGGUGUAUUUAACUUUUUGUUUUUUUUUUACCCUGCACAACUGGUGAACUACAGAUAUAGUGAUUUGCUAGGUACAGACAAAAAUAUAUCUGUUAUUUGUUAUAUUCACAAUUCAUUAUAUCUGUAAUUCAUUUUAUUGAUAAUUCAUUGUACAUGUAUUUAUAAUUUGUUUUAUGCAUUACCGGUAUUCUUUUUUGGAUGAUUUAAACUUCUUCGGGAAAAAAUAUAACAUCAUUCAAAUUAGGUAUUCACAUUAAGUUAUUGGUGAUAAAUACUGUAAAACUUGUCUUAUCUGGAUGUUGGGUAUUCCUAAGUCUCACUUAUUAUGAUGUAAACCUUGAGUCCUUUCAUUUGAAAUGCUGUCUACUCAGAAAAGUUACUUAAUCCAGCAAACUUCUCUGAAACCAGUGGUGUCCAGAUUAGACAAGUUUUACUCUACAUAGUACAUUUUUCUUUGUUUCAACAAUUUUUUUUCAUUUGGAAAGGAUCCUUUAUCCCAGGACUUUUUAAUGCAUGUUCAUUAAUUUGAUGGUUUUCAUUUUAUGAAAGGAAAGCUUUCUGAUUUUUUAAAUGAAAUGCACUUGUAAGUUUGAGUAUUUAUAUUAGCAAAGUUUUAUUUGUUGUGCACUGUUUGAUCAGAGGGACAUUAUAUCAAUCUUUGGUGCAAACUUUUUUGUCUUUAGCAAUCAUUCCACAGAGAGCAUCUGGUAGUAUGUAAACAAUCAGAAAUGCUUUUUUUUCAUAUACAUUGUACAAGUAUCUUUGUUGUGAACUUUUCAUAAUUGAUUUUUAAAAAUAUAUUUAUUGAAUACAUUAA